GUUGCACCACUGCGCACCCUGCUUCGCGGAGGAGGCCAACAUGCGGGGGGCGGUCCGUGAGCCACCUUAGCCGCCUGGCCGCCCUGAGGACUGAUUCCGAGAGUCGUUUUCGUCGCUCUGUUAAUCUCACACCUAUACGGGGCGCCCCGUAAGUGCGAGGGAGACAGAGCGACGGAAAUGACUCUCGGAAUCGCUCUGCUGGCCGCUUGCGGACGGCCCCCCGGGUGAGGACCAGUGAGGACGAUGGCCGCCGCUGUCGACAACAGUGCGACUGGGCACCGCCUUGCACCGCCGACUCCACCGUAUUGUUCAUCGUUCGGACCCAGCGGCAGUGUCUCCAGUCUCUAGUCUAGCGCACCCGUCCCGUCGUGAAGGCGUCCUGCGGAGGUUCGAAGUCGAAGCCCGUUCAAGGUUCGAGGACGACAGCGGCGUUGCGGGGCGACGAGGACUGCAGCUGAGCAAGUGCCGGCGAGUUGAUCGAGUCUGUCAACGGCCAUGGCGGUGGUGGAGAGGACCAAAGUGCAUGCGGGGACAGCCGAGUUCCAGGACGUUUCUGAGUUUUUCGAGUCGAGAAACGUGGUGCACGGCAAGAAGCUGCAGGUGGUGUCCAUCGAGAGGGUGCACAACGGCGCCCUGGAGCAGCGGUUCAAGGACAAGACGCAGGAGUACAAGCAGACGUUCGGCCAGGUCAGGAUCGUGAGGGCGUGGCACGGCACCAAGAAGCUCAACGUGGCGCCCAUCCUGCGGAACAACUUCGACGUCACCAAGCACGGGCAGAGUGUCGGCCACCGCUUCGGCGCGGGCGUGUCCUUCUCCAGCAUGUCGGGCUACGCGUCCAACUACUGCGACAAGACCCACUCGGCCUGCAUGCUGCUGGCCAACGUGCUCGUGUCCAACGUCGUGGAGGUGCCCGAGAACACGGGCAGCAGGGUGCCGCGCGAGCCGCCCUUCCUGCCCGGCCGCUACCCGCUGCGCUACGACACCACGGCCAAGAACAAGGACACCAUGGACGUGUUCGUCAAGUUCGACAAGGACUCCUUCCUGCCCACCCACGUCGUCAACUUCAGGCGCUGCGCCGCGCCCAUCCUCUACAGCUACGAGGAGGAGGACGAGGAGGACGACGACGACAAGUCCGUCACGGACACGGACAGCGACUACCAGGUCGACGACAACUUCGACGACUACAACGCUUUCUACGGCUUCGGCGCGGCGGACGACGAAGACGACUAGCUGGCUGAGUCAGCACCCCUAAACGCGCGGCUCCUCUUUCACUUGUUUUACUCGUUUUACUUGCUGACGUGGGCGGCGGCGGUCGUCCG